GUUACCACUGAGGUUUGAUAAAGUCUGAACUGAUCCUAAACCUUCAUCCAGAUCCAGAACCUGAGGAAGAGGAGGAGCUCAACCUGACAUCAUGAACAGGUUGUGGAAUCUUCUCUGUUUCCUGAUCGUCAGCUUGGCUGACUCCUCCCCCUUGACCACCCACUUCCUGCCCGUCACCUGCAGGGUGGGGGAGCAGGUGGUCCUUCCCUGCAGCUGGAAGCCCCGCCUCUCAGCUCCGGCCUCCUGCCACGUCCAGUGGCAGAGCACCACCACCGCCGCCGUGUUCGAGCAGCAGGGGGCCCGGAGCUGGCAGGCGGAGGAGUACUGGGGGCGGCUGGAGGUUCCGGAGGAGAAGCUCGGGUCGGGGGACUGCUCGCUGGUCAUCAAGGACGUUCAGAUCACCGACACCGGACGCUACGAGAGCUUCAUGGUGGUGGACGGAGAGCGGUCCAGGAAAACCCGGGUCUUCAUCCAGGGCGUGAAGCUGUCCGUGUUCGACCAUAAGUCCCAGCAGGCUCGGGGUCCGGGGGGGGACCUGGUUCUGGAUCUCGUGACCCAGCACUCGGUCCGGGUCGUGUUCCAGGGCAGGAACAGCUCGGAGUGGACGGAGCUGUGGAUGAAGGGCGACAACGACAGUGUGCGUCUGGAGAAGGAUCCUCUGAGGGAGCAGCUGACCCUGAAGGGCCUGCAGCGCCCGGACGAGGGGACGUACAAGGUCCUGGACCAGCACGGCCUCGCCGUCAGCACCGUGCAGCUCGCCGUGCACGGAGAUUCCCCCGAUGUCCGAGGCCACGACGAAAUGGAAAAUGAAAUAUCAGGCGACGCCGUCAGAAGCAGCCGAUCUCUUCUUCUUCUCUGUUUCGCUCUCGUCACCAGUUUCCAGAUUCCUCGACUGUUCGGAGGCGUCGACACGUGAGCUCUCUGUCGUCCUUAUUAUUUAGUAAUUAUGAAACAUAAGAUGUUUCAAACAACUGGUUUUCUGGUUCUCAGUUUAACGAGUAAACAAAGUCUUCAUGUGAAUAAAUGUUUGUUUCUAUAAAAAUGAUGAAGUUCUGCACAAAGAUGAAGAAACUGAAAAUGUACAGGAAACUUAAUUCAAUUGUGAAAUAUUAUCAGUUUCUUAUUUCUCAGCUAAAAUGUAACUGUUCUGUCUCAAUGUAACAACAACAUGUAAAUGUUUGUCUUAACUUAUUGAUUUAAAAUCAAACUCAGAAUCAUCUUCACUCUGCUCCUGUCGUCUCGGAUGUUUGCUCUUUGGUCUGAACAUUGAAAAUGUAACUACACUAAUAUUAGACUUAUUGUUUAUAUUCAUCUAAACCAGAAUAAUAAUUCUUCACACACUAUGUGUACCUGCUUCCUCUUUUAAACUCUUUAAAACGUAGAAAAUCUUCAGCUUCGUUCUUUAAUGAUCAAACAAGUCAUGUGACCACAAUCUUCACUCACUGUUACAAAUGUACAAACUUCACAGGAGUGAGAAGACGAACACAGGAAGUUACAUUCUUCAUUUCACACAAAAUAAAGACAAAAACAAUAAAUAUUAUGCAUCUGCUGUGUUUCAGAAUAAAAGUCUGUUGCUGUUGUUGA